UUAUCAUUGGAAGAAUGGUGAAAUCAUAUUGGAUGGUGAUUUGCUCGCAGGAGUGGACCCAGAUGAACUGUGGGAUGAUACAUAUAUUCCACGCGAAAAUGAAUACAAACAAAGCGAUGAGAAUCUUUGUAAUGAAAAGAUUGAUCAAGAUGAAAUUGAUGCUUUACUUGAAGAAGCGGAAGAAUUUAUUGAAAACUAUGAUGAUGAACACACCAAAAAUGUUGAGAACAGACAGAAGACAGGAGUGUUGCAAGUAUUUAUGAACGAUUGA